AUGGCGAGGGUUUCUUUAAGGUUGAUUUCCUUUCUCUUCCUUCUCCUCAACAUAGCCUUAACAUUUCAUCAUGGCACAACUAAUGCACAGCCAAGCUUCUUAAAAUUCUACUGCGGUAACGACUCCACUGAAAGCAAUAGUACCUACCAGAUCAACCUCAAAGGCCUUUUGUUAAACAUGUCUCUCAACACGCAAAUCGACUAUGGCUUCUACAACUUCUCCUCCGGCGAAAACUCCGACAAAGUUAACGCCCUCGUGUUAUGCCGGGGAGAUGUUUCUGUACAAGAUUGUCGGAGCUGUAUCACAGAUUCAAGAGCUGUUCUUCCUCAAGUGUGCCCGAACAUGAAUGAGGCGAUCGGCUGGUACGACAACUGCAUGCUGAGAUACUCCAAUCGAACCAUAUUCGGCGUCAUGGAAACGUUGCCACAUCACUAUUUGUGGAACACCGAGGAUGCGCCGGAGAAAGACCAGUUCAAGAUCGUGGUGACGCAGAUGAUGAAUGCUUUGAGAGAAAAGGCUGCUUCUGGAAACUCGGUUCGUAAGUUUGCGGUGGCGAAUGCGACCGGUCCGAGCAAUGAAACGAUAUAUGGUCUGGCACAGUGCACGCCGGACUUGUCGGAAAACGAUUGCAACGUUUGCUUGAAUGGGGCAAUCACUAAUGAUCUUCCUAAAUGUUGUGGUGGACACAAAGGUGGUAGAGUGUUAACACCAAGUUGCAACAUUAGAUAUGAAUCGUACAGUUUCUUUGAUCCCUCUGCUACACCACAAUUAUCUUUGCCAGCACCACCGUUGCCAUCCCCCAGGCCCACGUCACUACCUCCUACGGCUGCCCCAUUGGCUCAUCCCGCGUCCAAGCAAGGAAAGUGCAGCACCUCACGAAUUGUUAUCGCCGUUGUUGUCCUCGUUGCCUGCAUCGAAGCGCUCAUCCUUAUUAUCGUCUUAAUUUCUUUAAAAUUAAGGAGGCCAAAGAAUAUUGAAAGUGAAGCUAAGGAUGUCGCUGACUCAUUGCAAAUGGACUUUGAAACCAUUAGAAUCGCAACAAAUGAUUUUUCUGAAGCAAAUAAGCUUGGACAAGGUGGAUUUGGACCUGUUUACUUGGGCACGUUAUAUAAUGGACAAGAAAUUGCUGUAAAAAGGUUGAGUAGAGAUUCUGGGCAAGGUGAUGUGGAGUUUAAGAAUGAAGUAUUGUUAAUGGCCAAAGUGCAACAUCGGAAUUUAGUCAGGCUACUUGGUUUUUGUCUCCAAAAUAGGCUGCUUGUUUAUGAGUUUGUUCCAAACAAGAGCCUUGAUUACUUCAUCUUUGAUCCACAAAAGGCAACAUUGUUGAAAUGGGAAAAUCGUUACAAAAUAAUAGAAAGUAUUGCACGAGGUUUGCUUUACCUUCAUCAAGAUUCUCGAGUUCGGAUUGUUCAUCGUGAUCUCAAAGCAAGCAAUAUACUUUUAGAUGAAGAAAUGAAUGCUAAAAUAUCAGAUUUUGGCAUGGCAAGAUUAUUUUUAAUGGAUCAAACCCAUGGCAAGACUAAUACAGUUGUUGGUACCUAUGGAUAUAUGUCACCAGAAUAUCUAAAACAUGGAACUUUUUCAAUGAAGUCAGAUGUGUUCAGUUUUGGAGUAUUGGUUUUGGAAAUUAUUAGUGGGAAGAAAAAUGGUAAAUUUGAAGAUUGGGAGAAUCCAGAGCAUAUAGGAAUUGCUGCUUGGAAAAAGUGGAGAGAAGGGAAAUUAUCAAGUAUUAUAGAUCCACUAUUGAUGGAGGAAGGUGAAUCAUCAAGAAGUGAAAUAAUAAGAUGCAUCCAUGUAGGGUUACUAUGUGUUCAAGAAAAAGCAAGCGACAGGCCCACAAUGGAUUCCAUUGUAGCAAUGCUGAGUAGCUAUUCACUCUCACUGCCCACUCCUCUCCAGCCUUCCUUUUAUAGUUGGAACAGCUUACCAGGCUUCUCAUCUUCAUCAUCGUCUGGAGAACAUCAUUCUGUUGAAACAUCUAGAAAUGAAGUUUCAGUUUCAGACCAACAUAAUAAUGCCUAG